AUGGAUUCAGUUAAAGACUAUGAUGAUACCCAAGAACAAAAUCAAAUUGGACGGCUUGUAGAAGUUACAUACAAGGAAGGGGGAAACGGAAAACCAGGGAUAGAUCUUGCCUUGUUUAAGAUUGACAAACGGCCACCCUCAGAAGGAACUUUUCCAGAUAUUCAGGGAACAACAACAAGAAUUCGGUACGACUCUGGUAAAGUCUGGGGAAAGGAAGGAGUCCCACCUAAUCAACCACAGGUACAAAAAUUCGGCUUCGUAACAGGGCUAACAUAUGGAGAAAUUCAGUUCGACAAUGGAGUUGUCAGAGAGAAACCGUUCCACAGUGAAAUGGAAUUAGAAACCACAAAGUAUACAACAACACUAUAUAACCAAUAUCUUAUCAAAUCAAACGACGUUAAUGUUCAGUUUAGUAAAUUAGGAGAUUCAGGGGCUCUUGUAUUUAUGAAAGACAAUACUGGCGAAGAAAAUGAUUUACGGUGCAUUGGUAUGGUGGUAGGAGUACUGAACGACAAUUUGUGUGCUGUCACGCCUAUUACAGCUAUACUUGAAGAACUGAAAGUUACAACACUCAAGUCGUUUGUACCAACUUGGGAGCAGAUUGAGGGACGUUUAAGAGAAAUGGAAGAGCGCUUAGAGAAUGUAAUAACAAGAACAGUUAACGCUGCUGUUACGAAUGCAUUAGCGAGUCGCCAGAAUCCAUCUUAGUAAAUUUGCAGCUGGAAGCGUUUAUGGUUACAAAUCAGUUUCAUCUAUGAUACAUUACAAACGUGCUAAUUUGUAUUUAUUUGUUUAUUGGGAUGAGCGUCCUGCCAUCACAACUGCAGGUCAUAUCGCGACUUUCCAUUUUUUUAUAGCGGAGGAAGACUUUGCCUAAUAUCAGUCACGGGCGGGCAUCUUCAUAGGCAAACGCUAAUAAACUACUGCUCCGGUGUAUAUCAUGCCGAUACAUUGAGAUAUAAUUAUGUUUUCGAUCAAAUGUUCACAACUGAAGUUAGUAACAGCUGGUUUGUAACCGGUGAUGUUUUUCAUCCAUAGGUUUUAGAAAGUUAUUAGUAAUAUAUUUACGCCUUUUGGACUUUGGAGAAUCAAGUAUAGAAUUUGCAGAUUGAAUUAAACAAUAAAACAUGUAUCGGGCCAGUAAUUGGAACGAAUGGCCUGGUUUUCUAGUGGUAACACACUUGACUGUCCUGGAUUCGAAUCCAGGUCAAGCCACAACGAGGUGUGUGAGUAUAAUUUCAUACUCAUGUCGGUCGAUCCGCCGGAAGAUAAUUUGAGUUCUACAUACAAGAAAGAUAAGUCUCCUUAAAGUUCUUUUAGAGAUAUUGUUCUUAAAAUAGACCAAACAUAUUUUUGUCAUUCUAUCGACCAAGGUCCAGUUGUUCGAGGGUCUAGCAACAAAACUUCAAGCAACAAAACAAACAGACGGCAUUUAGAAAUCUUAGAGUAUCGAUAUUUAGAAAAUCCCACUUCAUUGCCUACAACAAAACACAACUAGAGGUCUCCAAAUGGAGUUAACACAUUCGUUUUAAAGCUCAUACGUGCGUUACGAUGCGCAUUCGUACAUUUUGCUCAUAUUAUUGUGCGCAGCGAAAUACCACAAAUUUCGGUCUUAUCCGAAACCGAACAAGUAGUUCCAUGUCCUCCAAAAAUGUUACGUAAUUAAAGUCUUUAUAACUUUCAGAAAGCUUCUGAGAUUCAACUUUAUCAAAAACAUGCAUUGCUUAAGUACAUAUUUGUCAUAAUCUGUAUUAUAUAACAAAAACAAAGCGUAUGAAAAUGAGCAUGCUUGCUUUGAUCACAUGACCAAAACAAUUCUUCAUUACGUGACCAAAAUAAACUAUAAAUAACCGACAAAAAUAGUACGAUGCUUCAGCACCAUCCGCUUAAUUAAAAUCAAGUUGCAUCUUUUGUAAACAUUUUAAAUUAAAACUCAGUUCCUGCUAGAAAAGUUAAUUGAAUAUUUUUUUAUUUUAACGACACCUAAGAGCUUGUUUUGGUCAUAUGAUCAGAAAAAUUUUCCCUGUUUUGUUUGAUUUUAAAUUUGAUACGUUUGCACUUUACGUUUUACAGCUGAUUUAAUAUAAGUGUUCUGUUAAUAAAACGUUUUACAGCUGA